CGCCACUGGCGAUAUCCUCCGUCAGUGGUUCUCAAUGAUGUAUCGGGACGAAGUUUCGUAAUGGUGGAAGAAGAAGACUAUGCAGCUACAGUGCUCCAAUGGAGGAUGGAGUAGCCGGGGUUUUGAAAUGACAACAAGUGAUUGAUAUUAUUGACGAUGAUUAAAAUGUGAGGCGCGAAGAGUGGCGGUAUAUUUUGGGCCGACGGCCAGUCGAAUUUUUGUUGGAGCGUGAAAAUUGCCAGUGCCCAUUGGUGAGAAGGUUAUGUGAGUGUCGGAAUAGCCGCGUCGUUCGCCGUUAUCGUCGACGCAAAGUUCGGCUUGCCAGGAUGGGCCAGGGCACGGACACCUGCACAGACAGGCCCGCCGAAGUCAGCGUGAUCCGAUUCGUUUCAAGGAAUCGCACCAUCGAGGAAAUCGCACCUAAAAAGGAAGUGUAUACUUGUAAGCAACGAGGUUGUGGCAAGACGUUUACCAAUCAAGAUGAGUAUAAGACCCACGAGGCUCUUGAAGCUUUAAAGAUAAGAUUUAUUUGUAGGGAACCAGGAUGUGGGGAGGAAUUGUCAGAUCCUGGGAGCAUGUGGCGUCAUUAUCAGGAAUGGCAUAACAAUGAGACAAAUGUGUUUAUAUGCCCGUACACGAAUUGCGGGUCUUUACACGCGACCAGUAUCAGUCUAGAAGAACAUAUCGAGAACUGUCAUAGGCAACCGUUGCCACUACCGACCGAGCCCGAAGUAAUAUGCUUCGAGGAUCCCGAAAACACAGUGGAAGAGGAAGCUGUACAGAGUUCGGAAGAGUAUGAGAAGAGAAGUGGCGAUACAUUCGGGAUAAAAGUACGCCAGUACGACGAUAACAACGAGCAAAACGUUCACAGAAAUGACAAUGUACAGCAACAACAGAAGAAGGAAGUCGAUCAGGAACAGAAUAAUACGAAUGAUAGUUCAAAGGAAAAUUACUCUUCCGCCGGAGAAUCUCUAAACGAGACUGGCAAUUUUUCUAUGAACGAAAAUCUGAUUCUGAACGCGGAGAAUUUUCUGUGCAAGUACGAAGGUAACGCGAACAAAUGUUCGGAAUUGCAGACGGAACAUUCCUCCCAAGAGAAAGCCAACGUGAUUUACGUGAACGGUGAUAUUACUAUCACGAAGAAUAACACAAAGAAUGAAAUGUGCGGUAUUAAUUCGAGGACGCAGGAGCAUAGGGCCGAGCUGGAUAAUCUCGAGAGGGUGUUUCUCAAAACUGAGGAGAACAACGCGGAAACGAAUAGCAAUUGCUCGGACGACGAGGAGUACACGCCGAAGAAGCAGCGCAUGUCCAGGUACAAGCAAGAGAUUUAUAAAUGCGGCGUGAACGGCUGCGGGAGAAAGUAUAAAUACAUAUCCCAUUAUCGUCACCACCAAGAGAGUCACAAGGUAGUAAUGAAUACAGUCAAUUCGAACUCGAACAAACUAGUGAAAUUAAAGCAAGGGAAAGCUUCAACCGUCAGUUUUUUCUUAUGCAAAAUUCCUGGCUGUGGAGCACAAGUGAGCAACGUGACUGGUUUGUGGAAACAUUACCAGGACAAUCAUGCUAAUUCGAAAUUGCCGAUACCAGGAAUGAAGAAUAACGAAAUAUUUCGUUGCAAGAUUCCUGGAUGCGAAUCAGAGUUCAGCACGACGAUGUUGCUUGUUAAACACUUCACCGAGUGUCACGCGAACGGCAAUAACGCUGGCACAAACGCGAAAGCGAAGACUGGGAAUGGGAGUAGUUUUCAUUACGCCGAGAUGUUUAAAGAUGAUGCUACGAACCCGCAAGUAAACUUUAAGACUGACUCGAAAGCAAAGAGUAAUAUUAAUGUAAAUGACUGUACGAUAAGCACUGACGAGCAACAGAGAUUGUCGUCGAUCGUUAAGAAGGAAGCUCGGGAUUGACUUGAGAUUAACUAAUGCUCUUAAGAAAUAUUAAAUUAUCUCGAAAAGAGGGAAUAUGAAAUGAAGCUGGAACAACUUUAAAGCUAAGUAAAUAAUAAAUGAAUAAGAACGCAAAACAUAGAAUCGAUCACAAAAAUGUUUGACCGUCCUCAAAAGAAUCUUGUGUUAAAGUAUAAUUAUAAUUCAGAUUUAAGGAUGUAUUGNU